GAUUUGUCAGUGUCAAAUACUAGUGAUAAAUAAAGUUUUUUAACUGAAAAUUUGCCAGUGCUAUUUACUUGGUGUAAAUGAAAGUCUUUUGGAGUGUUGGUGAUGUCAGUAGACCAGAACUCAGGGGGAGGUGGAGGCCUGCCUGAGGCUGUUUCUCAGGCUUACUAUCGCUACGGACUCUUUGUUGCCACCCACCCCAUUAAAGUCAUCCUUCUUGCUGUUAUUGCUUUCCUUAUUCUCAGCUCACCUCUGUACCAUCUGCCGCUGCCUGGCCACGUGCCCCAAGAGUACCUAACUCCUGCUCACAACUACAGCAUUCCUCCUCCUGCUGAAGGCCACAUCAGCCUAAGCCCCUCUCCCACACCCACACCUCUCUGGUACCAGGGUGCUCCAAUUGCCUACAUUUUGCAGGUUGUUAUCCGGUCUAGUGUAUGCCCAGUGAAUGACUCCUCACUGACAGUGAGCGACUCUUACAGAGGGCCCCUGGCCACAGUCUUUUCUCUGUACGAAGCCCUAAGCAACUAUGAGCAUGGGCGCCAUAAGUUCCACAGCUCCCCCUCCUCUGAGGGUGUGGUGCGCCCUAAUAAGACGGUCGCAGGAACAUGGCUGGGCUCUGAAUGUCUUCUUGUAGAGGACGUGGCCAAGCAGCAUCGUGGGGAAGGUGGCGUAGGUGGAAAAUUACCAAACUUCAACUGUCUUCUUCUUUCUCCUGCUGACCUGUGGACCAGAGACAAGAAUGAAUUUUUAAAUGAUCCACACGUGCUCACCACCAUUAAGUCAUUGAUGGCGGGUCACGACGAUGAGAGUCGGGUUGCAGACGUGUUGUUUGGAGUGCCUGCUUCAGAAGUGGGGCUCCUCAACAACGACCACCCAAAAGUAGUUACAUACGCUCUUACCCUCGCCCUGCGUCGAUAUAAUGAAGAAUUUGUUGAAGGACUGCGAUCAGAAUUACUUCGGAAAUAUCCCCUGCACAAAGACAACCAGCCAUCUGAUCCAAACAUCAUCCACCUGUAUUUUCCAAGCCGGCUCUCGCUAUGGGAAGUGCUCAUCUUUUUGCUGUACUGUGGCCUUUUCUUUUCAGUCUACUUCUCUCUUCUGAAACUAGACAUCCUCUAUAGCAAGCUCGGCAUCUCUAUAACUGUCCUAGUGACGCUGGUGUCUUCUCUGUGUCUGGCGGUUGGAACUUGUGCAUAUUGGGGUCUUAAGCCCCUGCACACGCAGGGGAAGUAUGUUUAUCCUGUCUUGUCAGGGCUUGUUGGCUUCGAGAACAGCAUGGUGCUGAUGCGCUCCAUUGCCUCCACUCCUCAGCACUUGGACGUUAAGAUUAGAGUUGCUCGAGGGCUAGCCAGAGAAGGCUGGAUCAUCACCAAAUAUUUCCUCACCAUGAUCACUUUAGUGACGCUUUCUUUCUUCCUCUUCAUUCCGAUCGUGCAAGAGAUUUGUAUUUAUGGCAGCUUGGUCCUGCUUUGUGACCUCUCCAUGCAGUUAGUGUUCUUCAUAGCUGUGUUGAGCCUUGAUCUACAGCGACUACGUGAUUCACAGAAACACCUGAAGCAGGAAAUGCUGCUUUCCCGAGGCUGGAUUCGCUCAAAUUUUUCCCGUUUGUCCGGCCGUCAUCGAACUCUUAACUUAGACUCGGCACUGAACAAAAGAAGUGGAAUCGCCAACCUACACCGCCGCAUUACUUCAUCGAGGAGCUUCCCAGGUGAAGACCGCGUGGCCCCACCGUCGUCAGAACCCACCAAGGCUGUCAAGGACGUUCCCAAGCGCCUCAGGCUCACUUAUUGCCUCACUGGCAACAGGACUUUCCAGCGAAUGUUUAUUUGUGCUUUUGUUGGCUGGAUUGCAUUCAUAAUUUACUCUACUACUGGUAUUAUUGAUCAGUGGGAGCGAUUAGCCGAGACGAAUCCUGGUUUGGAAUCUGUGAUUCGGAGCAUCAAAACAAAGUCGAGUGAGAAAUUUCUGUUGGAUGAUGGCAGAGGCAAUGCUCGGGGCGACGAAGUAUCUCUGCCCACUAAGUAUAAUAAAAUGAAAGAUUCCAAGGGAAACAAAUUGUACAAUGAAGACCUUAAUUAUGAGAAUUUUGCAGAGAAAUAUCAACACCACGAUGACGUACUGCAGCACGAAGAGUCUGUGGUUGAUUCAGCUGAUGGAAAAUCAAGUGCUACUAACAAAACCCAUCUCUUCAAACUCCCUGAGAAAUCUCAGAAGCCUUGGACGGAAGUUCUUCGCCACGUGCAUCCUGACGUCAGUUCAUACCUUCCUGAAACACAUUGGCCUACCCUCUUCGGCUAUUAUAACAUCACCUUGCGAGGGGAGUACAUUAGCCUCCUUCCUCCCCUCCUGCUCUCGGUGCCAGUGAGUGUUGAAGAAGCCCUCAUGGUGCAUCAUCCUGGAGACCCCAACACUGAACCAUGGAAGCCUCAAGCCUCUGUUCACACACAGUCCCCAGUCAGCGAAAAUGACUGGUGGUGGGUGUCACUGAUGUCGGGUGAUAGCCCCCCAAAGUCCUCCCCUCGAUUGGGGAACCGCUACGGAAGUCGGCGAACUCCGUUCAUCCCCAGCAGCAGUGGGGAGAUGAUAGUGACGGGAAUCCUUGCAAUCCCUGCCCUUGGGGUCAUGGUGUACAGUUUUAUUUGGCUCUACCGCUGCAUCUGCAGCAGACACUACGCGGAGUGGCGUGAACAGUGGUGGACGGGUGAACAUCCACAAGCUCGGGCCCAAAUAAUCGGGGAGUGCGUACCCGUUUCUCUCGUGGGCCACAGUUCCGAGAUAGAAUGUGUCUGUAGUGACGGCUCCGUGGUGGCAUCAGCGUGCCUCAGUGGCGUCAUCAAGACCUGGGACCCUGUAACCUCAGAGUGCCUGGCCACCAUCAGCCGUACCAAAGAUGUGCUUGUACAUCAUGAAGAUCAUAGCUCCGAUUACGAGUCUGGGUCGCCCCGGUCUCUCCCUGAGUUGCCUGCCUAUGCAGAGCAUCCUCCAGGCUGUAUAUGGCAGCUUCCUAGCCAACUAAACUCGGGAGCACCGAACGAGACGUGCGUGCAGUCACCAUCGGUUGUUUCAUCAUCUCCAUUGAGCAUUAGAACAGAUUUCCCUGCGAUGUACGGGUGCAAGAAAGCUUUCCCCAGCACCAUUACCAACCCUGAUGUUGUUGAUGUUGCGGCACAAUCGUUCAAUGUUGGUCAAGUUGAUCGAACUUUCCGUCCCGAAGAAUCACCACAAAUCAACUCCCAGAGCUCAGUACCUGUGCCUAUUACUGACCCAAUACCUGUUAAUACAGGCACCACAAUAGCUUAUGGUGGGAGUAAUUCGACCACAUUCAUUCAUUCACUUAGUGACUCUCGGUCACGAAAAUCAAAGCCGGUGAAUGAUCAUUCAUCAUCAAAUCUAGUUACUCUGACUUCCACGGAUGGGUUUACGAGUCUCAACACUUCUAGCACUCAACACGAGCAAUUCACAAAUGUUGAAGAAAUUCGUAAUUCGCCAGGACUUGAUUUUAAUGCAUCUUCUACACCUAGAGGAAAAGAACGUUCACAAAAGCAUCAAAUUGGUAACAUUAAUCGAUCUCUGUCUUCACCUAAUAACUUGCAGUAUCCGUCAUGGGUACCGCCCUUGUCUCAAUCUCUUGGUUCACCACCAAGCUCUCCACAGCAUGUACAGGAUUCAUCUUUUUCUCCGUAUGCCAAUACUAGAAAUACAUUAGAGCCUUUUAACCGCCUUCCACACUCAUAUACACCAAGUAUAGAGACGCCUAACCUUUCACACUCAUCUACACAUAGUUUAGAGACCCCUAACUUCUUUUUAGGGUCACAUGGGCCCACAUCUGAUGCAGUCCCCCAUAUGGCGACCGCAGUUGGACCACAGUGUGUUCCCCAACCUUCAAGAACAUCUCUCCCUCCCGUAAGCCCCUCGUAUCUCUCUACCCGCUCAUCUUUUACACAAACUCCCCCUCAUCCAACACUUCAAAAUACUGCCAAGACUCACCGUAGAAACCUAAGUGCGGGCAACCCUCCGCUGUUUGUAGGUCCUAGCAACACAAAUUAUCAAGUUCGUCCUGCUUCUAAUUCUACAACAAAAGACAGAUUUGGGAAAAAUUCCACCGCGCUCGCUGGUUACUCGUGCGACGGGGCAUCUGUCGGCGCCUCUGCUGUGUGGUCGCUGCACUGCCACGAAGGGAUCGUUUUCGUGGGCUGUGCUGAUGGCUCCAUUGAAGUGUGGGACGCCUAUUCCGGCAAUUUUAAGUUCGCGACGGAGAACAGCUCGGGAUCUGGUGUCACGGCCAUGACAGUUUGUAGCAGCAGCACCGGCAGCAGACUCGUGGCAGCUCGACUUUCCGGCUCAAUAGAUUACUACUCAAUAGACGUAAGCUAUACAGUACCAUCAUCCUGCCAGCCUCAUGAAGAGGAACCUAGAGCAGAACCACCUUCAUCUUUAUCAUCUACCAGUUAUCGGAAACACAGGCGCGGCAGCAGCUACGAGAACAAUUUUCCCUCUACAAUUAGUGAACAUCGUCGGUAUGUCGGUGAUGAUAGUAACCUUGCCGGUGGUGGUAUCUCUGGCGAUGGCAUCGCGACCAAUGGUGUCCCGACCAGUGGUAUCGCGGCCGAUGGUAUCACCGCGCCGAUAGACAAUGACGGAUACGUCUUGCAACUGACGCGGUUCACGACGAACAAAGCUCACCACCAGUCCAUCAGUGUCCUGCGUAGUGACACUAGUAGGGUGAUCACUGGUUCGUUGGACCACACCCUGAAGGUGCUCACCUGUGAGGGUGACUGCUUGUUCACCCUGCAUGGUCAUCUGGGACCCGUGACGUGUGCCACGCUGGGGGACGCUGUCGGGGACUGCAGGCAUGAAGGCGCCGCCGUGUUGCGGAUGGACGGACCUCUCAGCAUUUAUGAGGACGAUAAUUACUCGACUGUUCGAAGACGCGACUCGACGCCUCGGGAGGAGCAAAGCACGAGUCUCGAGGGCGCCAUCAUCGCCAGCGGUGCCCAGGACGGCACCUUGUGCGUCUGGGACCUGGCAACGGGCGCCUGUGUCUACAGCGUGUGUGGCCAUUCGGGUGCCGUGCUGUCCAUCGUGACGUCAUCGUCGUACCUGAUCAGCAUGGCCGCCGACGACCGCCUGGCUGUCUGGGAGCGCUUCCAGGGCCAUCUCCUGACCACGGUCCACCUCACGGAUACUUUCUUCGGCAGCAUGAUCAUGCUGACCUCCAAACUGCUGCUUACUGCUAAACAGGACCGCCUGUGUGUGUGGGACGUGAGUCAGGGGACCGAGGUGCUGGAAGUGUCCCUGGGGGACGCAGGACACUCCGUCUGUCCCCGACACCUCAUCGCUGUCGGUGCCUCCGUCAUCUUCGAUUACGGCUCCUCCUUAAGGGCUGUCAGGAUGCCCGUGGCUGAGAAAAUGGAUUGAGGCAGAUGGAAAAGGGACUUAAGAGGCUGGAAAAUGGACUUAGGACGCUGGAUAAUGGUCUUAGAAGCCUGGAAAAUGGACUUAAGACGCUUGAUAAUGGACUGAGGAGGCCGGAUAAUGGGCUGAUGAGGCUGGGUAAAGGGUAAAAAUGACCCACACAAGGGUUGAAAGGUUCAUAGCUAUUUGAUCAACGUCUCACCUAUUUCUGAUUCUCAGAUCAUUUAAUUUUAUUCUCCUAAAGUCACAUUAAUCUCCUUAUCAUUUGUAGAGAAACCCUUUAUGGUGCUGGUUGCCUCUCUCAGACUACGACACAUCUUUUGUGCUGGUUUGACACAUAAUUUGUACAAUAGUAGCUAACAAUUUCUAACACAGUAGAUCCGUAACAAUCUAAUCUUUUUCAUUUGUGAGACACGCCUCAUAGUGCAACUUUUCACAGUCGGUCUCUGACACAUAUUUUAUGCCGACUUCGCUUUUACCCAUAAUAUAGCUAAGAAUAUCAAAGUAAUUUCAUAACGAUCUUCUACUUGGCUUUAAUGCUGUCCUCUUCGAGACAAGUAAUAAACUUGCAUCUACCAUUUUACGUUCCGCAACUCAAUUCUCGCUAGCUGAUCUUUAUUACUUAUAUAUUAUUUUGAGCGAACUGUUUAUUUUUUGGAAAUUUCCCUCGAGGAGAAUGAAGUUGGAACAACGUGAAUUGAAGAGUCGAUUUAGUUGAAACGUCAUUCAUUCAACUCGGGCCUACCGUGAUCGCUGUGUUGAAUAAUGCAUCGUUUGGAUCAUUAUUCUCACAGGUAUAUAUUGUGUUUUCAUUUUUUUCAACGAAACACUCGGAAAUCAUAAUCGACACAAUGAAAGGAAACGGCAAUGUGGUUGUGACAUGUUUAUUGUGUGUUUAAAAAUUAUUUUCAAUGAAAUUAUCUUAUAUCCUUAUAGACACAGCGCCAGGAAUGCGCUAGGUUGAGGAUUCUCAAUAUUAACUUCAGCUUCUCUUUUUUUGCAUUGUAAGAUGAUUUUUGUUCAUUAUAUUCAUUAAGGAGAAUAACACAAAGGAUUAGACUUUAAUAGUUCUUUGAUGUUUAUCAUUAUUAUAUUUUCAUACAUUUUUAUCAUCAUGUCAGGAUGUAGAUCGGGCUCCAAUUUCUCCGAAAACUGUUUUUAUUAUUUCUUGGUUACGUGGGUUUUAAUGCCUGUUUUAGGCGAUUUGUCUAAUAAAAUCUUCCUAGUUACUUAUUCUAAUAACUUUUUAAACGUAUUGGGUGUCAAAAGAAAUAAUUAGCACAGAAUUCGUGCGUGGCAGAACUUUUCCGUAUUGACUAAUAACCAGACCAAAUCAUUAAGGUAAUAUCAAACCUUCAUCGUGAUAUCAUGAUUAGUAAUGAACACGAGAGUUCGCCUGUGAAUUUUGCUGCAAUUUGUGUGACAAAAGAGUUGUUAUAUUCGUAAUUUUUUUUAAUUUGAAUGCAGUUCUGUUGUUAUUAGCAUGAUAAGGUACUUCGUCAUUAAUGUUGUAAUUAUGUUUUAUAGUGUAAAGGUGAAAAAGGAUGUGCCUUCUCGAGGCUAAAAUAAUGAGACAUAUUAAUUGUAGGCAUAAACUUAAGGAAGCUUUCUAACUAUCGAUAUAAUUGUCGAUUUAAGUAGGUUAUUCUAAUUACUGCGUACAAAUCAGCCUGAAAUCGGCUGCACUGGCUUCUAUGUUGAUUAGCUCAAUUAUUUGACACCAGUGGCUGCCUGCCUGUUCUAUUCUGUAUAUUCUAUGGUAUGAGCAAUAACUCAUUAUGUCCUGACUGUACUAUGUGAUAUUAUGAAAGUUCUAAGCUACUCUUAGUUUCUUGGGCAUAAAAUACUUAUGACAUUUCAAUGAAGAAAUAUCUUUACCUAGACAAACUGAGAUGUCUUACAGCUGUAGUUUAAUUCUAAUUCCAGAAGUUUCUGUUUUAGGAUAGCUUAUAGUUUCUGGGCAGGUUAUGUUUUCUGUCCCGUACUAUCAUAACUCCCUGAUGUACACGUAGUGCUCUAAGUACACGUAGCGCCUGAUUUCUUGUCUGUGAUUGAUGGUUUUUGCUUGAAAAGCCGUCAGUGAUUGGCUGACAGAGUUACUAAUUUUUAUGGUUUGAAGUUACUUUUUUGAUGGUUUGACACUUGCUAACAAAAAUAGAUUACUAUAAUUUACUCUCGGUAGGCGGUGAGUGAAUCCUUACUCUACUUAUGAAUAAUAAAAUGUUAAUGAUAUUCAUUCCUGGCAAGGGUUAGCGAGAGAUAUUCGCUGGAACAAUGAUAUUCGUUAACUCAAUGCGAAGGUUAAACAGGCCUGGUAACCUGCCGUCGUUCUACAAGGGUUAACCGAGGUUAUGGUUAACCUCCACUUUUUCAAUAGAUCGAAGAUUUAAGGGUGAUUGUUUAGAAUUUUUAUUGUUUACAUUGGAACUGGAGGCUUCUGAGACCGAAGACAAUCUGUAAUAUUGAUUUGAGUUGCUUCCUACGUAAAAUGUAGCCUUGUUAAAAGGCUUUAGAAAUGUGAUUACAAAAUGAUAGACUGAUAUUACUUGGAUAAAUUAAUGGAUCAUGUUUUACGAACACAAUCUGCACAUAGCACUGAUAUCUGCUGUGCCAAAUUUGGUCAGCAUGACCAACACUUGGGCAAAAAGUGCGUCGCUGUUUAGACAAAGUCUCUUUUCUCUGAGUGUAGAAAUCGUGCCGUCCAAUAAACUCUAAGCACGUUUCUUAUGAACUUGUACAUAGUUCAGCUUUUCUAAAUGUAUUUCGGAGGCAAACCAAGGAUAUUCAGUUGUAAAAAAAAGUCAAAUGAAUGGCAAUUAUUUUUUCUACUUUUGCUGUAAAUAGCGUCUUCUCAAAUGUCAGAUGUACAAUUUCUUGAGCAUUGAAAGUUGUUGGUAAAUUUAGUUUUCAU